CGCCUGCGUCCGCUCGAGCGGGGAGGUCACGUGGCCAGCUCAAGAUGGCGGCGCCCGGCGCGACCUUCCGCCGCUUGCUGCCGCUGAGCCGUUUGCUGCGGUUCCGCCCGGCGUCGGCUGCUGCCGCUGUUCGGCCUUACGGGGUGCGGGCCUCCGGUACCGGCGAGCUGGUGACGCACACGGGGCAGGUGUAUGAAGAAAAGGAUUAUAGAAGAGUUAGAUUUGUUGGACGACAAAAGGAGGUGAACAAGAAUUUUGCGAUUGAUUUGAUAGCAGAACAGCCUGUGAGUGAAGUUGAAAGCAGAGUGAUAUCAUGCGAUGGUGGUGGUGGAGCUUUGGGACAUCCUAAAGUAUACAUAAACUUGGACAAAGAUACAAAGACUGGAACAUGUGGCUACUGUGGACUUCAGUUUAAACAGAAACAUCACUGAAAGAAUAUCCCUGCGUGCUUGCAGAUUUCUGUUCAGAUGUUAACGUUUAACUAUAAAUAAACAAUAUAAUUAGAAACCCAAGAUUAACGUUUGUGUUUAUCUUAACUAUGGAAAGUCCAGUCUGUACCUUUUUAAAACCUAGCUUGUCAGUUAUUUGAGAGCUGGAUGAUAUUACAAUAUCUGCUUUGUGCUUAAUUUGGUUUUCAUGGAAGAAAUGUCCUGCCUUGUUUGGCAGACUUCUCACAGGCUUGGAAGUGGCCCUUGGCUGCAGCGUAAGUUUUGUUUGUACUGGGUAGAUUUUUAUUCUUUUCAACACUGAAUUGGAUGUAAAUAUUUACUGGGGGAUUAAUUAUCCUAGGUGUUUGUCUUUUGGCACUA